UACYAUCACCGGUGUACUACGAAUAACAUCCCGUACAGGAGUUAUUAGUUUGUCUUGCUCUACAAAAGUUCAAAUUCACGUGGAGCAAAUUCWCACCGGAAGUUAGCUGAAAAGGAAAUCGGAAGUGAAAUUAAGCCAAUCAGAAGUCAGUGAGUUUGCCCUAAUAACCUUGGGGACCAAUAGACGCGCUAGUUGUGUUACAGACCAGGUGUUACCUAGCAACCACAGACGCUCAGAGAUAUAAAACAGCAGUGCUUACUGAAAACAGAAAUUCCGUAACUCUGCACAAGAAGCAUUUGAGUAUUUCGGGUCUCCAAACUUGCUUUGAUUUUUCUCCAAGUUUGUGGGGAGUUUAACCAACAAGAUGACAACUCAGUCGUUUGUAGAAACAGCGAAGUAUCUGUCUUCUUCGUCCUUCGAUCCCCCGGCAUACCUGAGACCGGUCGGUGGACCAUACGAGACGACGUACACCGCAUCGUUUCAAGGAAUCAGGCCUCAYACMUCACCGUUUACAAUGAGACCUUUAACUUURUCGAGAUCCUAUGAAUUCCCUUCUAAGAUUCUUCAAGGAUCUUCAACAGGAUUAGARCAUYURCCGUACUCUACGGUCACCCACCGUUCCAUCCACAAGUACACCCCACAACAAUGGCGUUCCUCAAAUGUGUUGAACGUUUCCUCUGGAGAAAAAGAACGAGCUACAGCUGAGAGAUUAAGAGAUGAAUGUUCAAGGCUUCGUACGGAGACUGCUUUGCUUACUCACCGAACUCAAAUGGAUGUAAAUAAGAAACUGGAUAAYCGUAUCCAUGACAUCAACUACUGGAAGGCAGAACUUGAGAARCARCACAACGAGACCGUGGCUGAGAUCAAAGCUCUUCAAGCAUUCAUCGGCCGACUUGAGAAGGCUUUAGCCGCUACAGAAAAACCCCUGAAUAUCGCUCAACAAUGCUUGGGAUUUCGAGAAAGGAGAGCUAGGAUUGACUUGGUCCACGACAGUGUAGAGAACCAUUUAUCAAAGGAAGUUGAAAUGAUUGAAAAUGUACAAGCUUUGUURAAGAAAACCAUGGAUCAAGCACAUGAACAACUGUGGCUCCUGCGAAGCGCUAAAACUCAGCUCGAGAAGGACUUGGGCGACAAAUAUGGUGCGCUGAACAUUGAUGGAAAAUGUUCUACUCUCAACAACUUCUCCAAGGAGAUCCAUUUUGCACCAMAUUCUGUAACAAUCCAGCAACACUCUUUCACACCAGAUGAAUGGGAAGGCUAUUCCUCAGAAAACAUCGCUAAGGCUGAACGAGAAAGAAAAGCAUCAGUUGCUUUGCGUUCUGAGAUCAAUGGAAUCCUUAUGCAGACGUACGUCGACUUGAAGAACAUCUACGAGACAGUGAACAACGAGUUCUCGAAACGYAUCCAGGAGACCGAUGCUGCCAAGAAACAACUGGAGAAAGAACUUGCAAGGGUAAUGGAUGAGCUUGCCUCGAUGGAAAACAACAUCCGUGACCUCAGAAUGGCCAUUGCYGAGAAAGAAGCACCACUCAAAGUUGCCCACACAAGACUAGACAAGCGCUCAAUCCGUCCUAACGUUGAGCUGUGCCGAGAUCCUGUUCAAUACCGUCUUGUGAACGAGGUUGGUGAGAUCAAUACCUCAAUUGACAGGCUGAGAAUGAGACUUGCUGAGGCUGAGGCAUCCAUGCAGGCGUUGAUACGUAACAAGGAAAACCUGGAAGAUGACAUUGAGGUGAAAACAAACAGCUUAUUUAUCGACCGAGACCAGUGUAUGGUUAUCAGGCAACAGACCAGGCAUAUAUCUCACUAAGCCACCUUAAAUCUUAUUUACUAGAGCCACCUUAAUUUCCUGUCAGUAAGAUCACACGCGGGCUCUAGUUAAAUCUCUGUGCUAAGUAUCGAAAUAUAGGAAAAGCUUACUAUCAUGGAGAAAUAUACUGUUGGAAAAUCGAGAUUUGUGAAUGAUUUCAAUACUCCAAAAGCAAAUUCAGCUGUAUUGCACUGUGAAAUAUUAAAAGUAAUUGCUAAAUAUGAUAACAUUUUAUGCUAAAUAACUAUUUUAGGCCUUUUUUUYACCCUAAAGCGUUUUCUUCUCCCUUGAAUUUUUUACGUCCACAAAAUGCAGAAGAUAAACCGACGAAUGUGGGAAAAUUAUUACAAUAGCAAUUAGUAUAGCUCUUUUAAAAAAAAAUCCUUUUUAGCCGAAAAAAUAUUGUAAAAAUUCAUUAUGGAUUAAUUAUCAGCAGCAGCCAUUUUCACUGUAUAAGUGAAUGAGCCGAAAAGAUAUUGAUUGAACGGAGUCGGAGAGAUUGGUGAUUGCACGAUGGCAAUGAACUAUGGGUAUUAGCUUAAUUGAUUAAUUAAUUAGUUUUAUUAAUUAGCAAUGGAUCGAUCACUAUUAGAAAGCAAUAAUGUUGAAUUAUAUUAGGAAAUAUGAGGAUGUAUGUACCUACAGSAAUUAUUUUGAUUUGCGCUGUAUCUAAAAAAGGUAACCAUGGUUCCUUGCGUGCGAGCAGUGACGUCAUUCUCUCCAGGCAACUCCUAUUAGCUUUAUCUUUUGCCGAGUAUGAAUCGAAAGUUGUAUAUAAUUAUAGUUUUCUUUUGAAAAUCUUAUUGUGGGGAAAGAUGUAUUAAUUUUUGGUUACGAAAGAACAAGUGAAGACAGAAGUACUUCUGGUGAAGAGCAAGGUUUCUGAACCAAUUGUUCUAUUAUCCUCCGGAAAGUGAAACUCWUUGGUUUCGGAACCGUGAUUUCAUGAAUCGAAUCAAAAUAUGCUCUAGUAGAUCAUCGAAUUUAGAAAAAAAUUGGUUGUAAGCGCCGGMUAUUAUAUGAUCACUUGUGUUUUUUAUCACUUUUAGACGCGUGCCUUGUUAAUUGUGUGAAAUUGUUUAAAUCAACGUAAAAUGUACUAGUAAAAAGAAAAAUUGUUAACAGGUAGUGUUGCAAGAGUGUUGAUUUUUCGUCGCUCAUUGUUGAAGUGAAGAGAUGUUAUGAGACAACAUUUCAAAAAAUAGAGGAAGUCUUAAAUACAUAGCUCUCUUGCGAUGCUAUAAAUGUUGAUCGGUUUGAUUUAAAAUAGUGAAAUGUUAACAAAAUAUUUCUAUUUAUAUGUUAAAAAGCAUGUGAAGAUUUGGAAAUAAAAGAUUGCAAUAAUUAAGAUG